AUGCCAAGUUGCGGCAACCCUCACAACCCUAUGAGCUGGUCCCCAGCAACGCCCCUGAAACUCUGCUCCCCAUCGCUGCGACCGCCCCUCCGACGCCGGGAGGACACGGAAGGAGCAGCGAGGCGCUGCCCAGCAUCUGCCGCCAACUUCCCGCGCCUUUUGAAACAACCACCAAAUCCUGUAAAGUUCUGUCUGCAGGCACUAGGAAAAACUUGUAUUCGGGAUGGAAAAACUUGUAUUCGGGAUGAAUUCGCCUCCCCCCACCCCAUGGAAAAAGACCGGCUUUCCGAGAGCCGAAGCCCCCGCCCGGAGCGACGGACUCGCGGGCCCCGCGUCACCUCCUGCCACCUCUUCUCCAGGGUGAUGGUGUUUGCAACACACAGUUCCUUGUCUUGGUUUCCUAAGCAUCUUACUUCUGAAGGCCUGGUUGCCUUGACUGCUUCCAAGAGACUGCCAGGGAAAAGCAGUCUCACCAUCCACAAAUAUCAGCUAGAUGAUCACCAACGUGCCCCAGCCCUAGACACCAGCUCCGAAAUCAUCACCAAGGACUUAAAGAAGAAGGAAGUUGUGGAAGAGGCGGAAAAUGGAAGAGACGCCCCUGCUAAUGGGAAUGCUAAUGAGGAAAAUAGAGAGCAGGAGGCUGACAAUGAGGUAGAUGAGGAAGAGGAAGAAGGUGGGGAGGAAGAGGAGGAGGAAAAAGAAGGUGAUGGUGAGGAAGAGGAUGGAGAUGAAGACGAGGAAGCUGAGUCUGCUACAGGCAAGCCGGCAGCUGAAGAUGAUGAGGAUGAUGAUGUCCAUACCAACAAGCAGAAGACCGACAAGGAUGACUAG